AUGGUUGGCCAGGCAUCGUCUCGUCCUCCGCUCACAGGAGAGGAGCAAGUCACUAUUCGGGACUCAUGUUUUGGUCUUCAUCAUGGCAAGACAACUGGACACGGACAACAUGGCGGCAAUGGCUGUCCUCAUUCUGGACGCAUCUGGUGGAUCUGUGCCUCCGGCCGGUGGGUCGGAAACUGCUCCGCGAGGGCUGCACUUCGGUCUGAAGGCGCUGUCAUGAUACCCUCUCAUGAGUCGUGCUGCCGAGUCGUGUGCGCGGGAAUCGAGCUUUUCUGUCUUUUAAUUAAGUUUAAGUCUGAACAGUUGAUUUAUAACAACAAAGCCUGCAGAGGUGAUGUCAAAAGGACUGGAUGUCUGCUUGUGCAUCAACAACUAUGCAGAGCACAGGGCGGCAGGAGACAGAUACAACCGAGAUGA